AUGGCCACUGGUUUCCACCAGAUUCCUUUAGCAAACGACUGCAUUCACAAAACCGGCUUUGUGACACCCGAAGGUCAUUUUGAAUACCUUAAAAUGCCCUACGGUAAAGUUACCCAAGGCGCCGAACCACGCUAUCACUCCUAUGAGCUGGAGACACUCGCUGUGGUCAAGGCUCUGCAGCAUUUCAGGCACUACCUCAUAGGUAUACAUUUCAAGGUAGUUACAGACUGCAACGCUUUGAAGCUUACCCAACGUAAAAAAGAUUUACUACCGAGAGUCGCUCGGUGGUGGAUCUACUUACAAGAUUAUGAUUUUUCGUUAGAGUAUCGUAAGGGCGCUGUGCUAUCUCAUGCCGACUAUCUAAGUCGUAAUCCUAUAAAUCCGAUCGAGUCGUGGAAGAAACCGGACGUACACUUUGACACGGUACAUAGUGAUGUCUUGGGUCCUCUUCCCGAAUCGAACGGUUACAGAUUUGUUGUCUUGAUAAUUGACGCUUAUAGUAAGUUCUGUCUACUAAAUCCUAUGCGUAAGCAGGAUGCAACAGAGUUAAAAUUAGUAUUUGAAAGCGCUGUAUCUUUAUUUGGUGCACCUAGGCAGAUUGUAACCGAUAGGGGUAGAAUGUACGAAAAUAGAUCAUUUAGACAAUGGGUAUCAGACGUAGGUAGUAAUUUAUUCUUUAUAACGCCAGAGAUGCACCAAAGUAACGGUCAGGCUGAGAGAUAUUGCAGAACAGUUCUUAACAUGAUUCGUGUGGAGGUAAAUUUCAGAAACGAAAAUUGGUCAGAAGUUUUGUGGAAACUGCAGCUCACCCUGAACGUUACGAAACAAAAGUCCACUCAAUAUUCACCUUUAUAUUUGUUAAUUGGUAGCGAUGCUGUGACGCCCGUCAUUCGUUCCGUUGUACGCGAUGUGGCUCUAGAAGGAACAAGUGCCAACAGAGAAACCUUACGCGAGCUUGCCCGACAAAGAGCUUCUCAACUGCUGGACAAAAACCGAAAACAGCAGGACACUCGAGUAAAUGAACGGCGCAAACCCCCGCGUACUUUCCAUGAAAACGACGUGGUCUUCGUGCACAAGAAUAGCCAAUCUGUUGGAAAGCUGGAUUCUGGUAUGCGUGGCCCGGACAAAAUAGUGCGUGCGCUGCCACAUGGACGUUAUGAACUGAAGCUUCUUUCUGGCUCACUUGGGAAGACCACUGAAGCUGCUGCCGAAUUUAUAAGUGCCUGGCACGGAGAGUGGACGCCGGAUGUGUGCACCGCAUUUUUCGAGUAUGAGCAUAAUUUGUAA